AAAAUACAAGGGUAACAAACGAAUAACAAUUGUCAAAAAAGUACAUCUAACGUUUUUUUUCUGAGUAUAUUGUGUAAACAAGUGUCAAAGUGUCAAAAUACAGUUGAAAACAUUUUCAUAUUGCCAAAGUAAUACAUCUGGUCAAAGCAUUACAGUUAGCAAAUUAACACCAAUCACUACACUGAAUAAUUUACAAUUAAUAUAUGCAUAUAUAUAGACAAUUAUCUAUUGAUUUUCGAAUCAAUUUGAUUCCAGAUAAAUUGCCUGCCUUUUUCCCCAGAAAACGUUGCCUCCCUUUUCACUCGGGACGACGCCAAUGGCCACCACUAUUGACGUCAAUCACACAUGCCCCACUGCUAUUGGCUUCAGCUUCCCGUCAUUCAUGUCGUUGUUGACCAAUCGAUGUUUGCCCGUUUGUCGUCUGGUACCGCCCUGUAUUUUUGUGCUGGUGACGCGCAAGGUCACGUGUUGUUUGUGCUCCGGCCCGUAGAGAUGUGCACAAGAGACGCGGACAGAGUGCUUACUAACGGAGCUAACUAACGGAGCUAACUACCGAUACAGAGUCGUGGCCAUGUCGCGCUGGGCUAGACUUCACGUCGCAGUCGCCUGGUAGUGAAAAAGGUGGAUAAACGGGAUUUUAUUUAUCGUAAUAAUAUUAUUAUUAGAUUAGCACAUCGCUAGCUGUUGUGGGCUAGCAUGCUAGCGGGUCGGACUCGGACUCGCGUCUCCCAGAAGAACCGGAAUGGGGUCUGCGUCCACUCCGAUUAGCCCGCUAGUGAAGUGACCUUUGUUUGGAUUCUCCGCCGAUGGACAAUUUCACGAAUUACCAGGAGGGUAACACCGCAAUGUUGAUGAUGGAGAAGGGACAGCAGCCGAUAGACGCGGGGGUGAAACCCGCGACGGCGAACGGAGACGUCUCGGUCGGGGAACCCCCUUCCCCGGUCAUUAAUAUCGGUGGAGGCGGCGGUGGCGGAGCAGCGAGGUUUCAUCAACAACACCUGCCGCCCUCUAGCAACCACCACUCUUCUCCUGGUCAGCCCAAGGAUCAACCACCGCACCCACUGUCCAACCUCCAUCACUACCAGCCGGGCCAGCAGCAGCAUCUCUCCGGGGAAAACACCUCGGAUUCCCCCGGUAGAAAAGCCAACUCGUCGGUCUCUGCAGCCGAGGACGCUGCCGCUAGCGGCAGCGGCCAUGUAUACGCGGCUGUGAACGUCGUCGCAUCCAAUACAUCUGAAGCUGUGGACGAUAUUCGCAAAUGUGGCUACCUGAGGAAACAGAAACACGGACACAAGAGGUUCUUCGUGCUGCGGGCGGCCAGCCACAUAGGCCCCAGUCGCCUGGAGUACUUUGACAGCGAGAAGAAAUUCCGGAAUAGCCUGCGGUCUGCCGCCGCUGCCGCGGCCGCCGCUAGCGGGGGAGCUGUCGCCCCUUCUCCGCCGAAGCGGGUUAUUUACCUCUACCAGUGCUUCACUGUAAACAAAAGGGCGGAUUCUAAAAACAAGCAUCUCAUCGCCCUCUACACUAAAGACGAGUACUUCGCCAUCGUGGCGGAGAGCGAGCAAGAGCAAGAAGACUGGUACGUGGCCGUGAGCGAGCUGAUGAACGAGGGGAAAAAAGGGCACGUUGACUCUGACGAUCUAGACGACGGGUACGGUACCGUGACCCCCGGUACGGUGUUCAAGGAGGUGUGGCAGGUAAAUGUGAAGCCCAAGGGCCUGGGUCAGACCAAGAACCUCACGGGAGUGUACCGGCUGUGCCUCUCGACCAAGACCCUUCACCUGGUGAAGCUGAAUUCGGAGACGCCGUGCGUCAACCUCCAGCUUAUGAACAUCCGGCGCUGCGGCCACUCGGAGAGCUUCUUCUUCAUCGAGGUGGGCCGGUCGUCGUCCAUCGGGCCCGGCGAGAUCUGGAUGCAGGUGGACGACUCGGUGGUGGCCCAGAAUAUGCAUGAGACCAUCCUGGAGACGAUGAAGGCCCUAAAGGCUUUUACAGAGUUCCGCCCCCGCAGUAAGAGCCAGUCGUCAGGCUCCAACCCCAUGCCCUUCAUCACCACGCGCCGUCACCUCGGCAACCUGCCGCCCAGCCAGACGGGGCUCCAGCGGCGCUCCAGGACGGAGUCCGUUGUGGGUACGCCGCCGUCCAGCAAGAGCUCAGGCGCCAGUGGCUACCGCUUCCGCACGUCCAGCGAAGGGGAGGGGACGAUGAACCGGCCGUUCCGCUCGGCGACGGGGAGCCUGGUGCACCUCAACAGCACACGCGCCCACCUGGGGCGCCACGACGCGGCCGGGGCCUGCGGCAUGGGCGUGGCCACAGGCAACGCCGGCACCAGCACGGGGUCGGGCGGCGGGGGCGGCGGGAGCCGCUGCCACGUGCGCACAAUCCCGGGGCUCCAGCAGGCGUCGGGCUGCUGCCACGCGCGCUCGGCGUCGCUCCCGGUCUCCCACUACCCGUCGGCGACCAGCCCCGUCAGCGUGUCGUCGAGCAGCGGCCACGGCUCGGUGUCGGACACGCUCACCCGGCCCUCCAGCGCCUCCAUCUGCGGCUCGCCGUCGGACGGCGGCUUCAACUCGUCGGACGAGUACGGCUCGAGCCCCGGCGACUUCCGGUACCUGCGCGUGCGCAGCAACACGCCCGACUCCCUGGGCAACACGCCGCCCAUCCGCGAGGAGCACCUCCUCAACGACUACAUGACAAUGGGCUGGCACCGGGACGUCUUCGGCGCCGGGCCGCCGGAGGCGCCGCGCGACGAGGGCCCGUCGGCCGGGGCCGACGACGAGCGGACCUGCCCCUCGUCGUCCUCGCUGCGGCGGCGCGCCCACUCCUUCACCCGGGCGGGGGGGGCAGCCGGCGGCGGGGCCACGGGCGGCUCGGGCGUCGCCGUCUACCAGAAGAUGACCCAGACGACGUUCUCGUUGGACGAGAGGGACCUGGGGGGGCUGGCCUUCGGGGGCGGGGGGCUGCUCCGCGGGGGGCCUCCCUCCUCGUCGUCGUCCUCCCUGCGGUCGGACUACAGCUCCUGCUCGGAGCACAGCCAGCAGAGCCGGCCGUCCGCCAACGCCGGGGACCACCACCACCUCCCGCCCCCCUCCUCCUCCCCUUCGUCGUCGUCCACCGCCAAGGGGGACGGCGGCUACAUGCCCAUGAUGUGCGGCGUGGCGGCCGCCUCGCCCCGGGACACGCCCCCCGACUACAUGCCCAUGCAGCCCGGCUCCUCCCCGUCGCCCCAGUUCCACAGCCCGGCUCUAGCCCCCCGCUCGGCCCACCUCCACCAGCACCACCUGCUCCACCACCACCCCCACCUCCACCACCCCACUCCCUCCUCGUCCUCCUCCUCCUCCUCCCCCUCCGAGUCCCACGGCUACAUGAUGAUGCUCCCGGGCGGCAGCGGGGGCUCGUCGUCCCCCUCGCAGACCUCCCCCAGCCCGCACGGGGGAGCCGGCGGCGGCGCGCGGCGCGGCGACGGCGUCGCCGAGCGGCCGGAGAACGCCGAGUACAUGGACAUGUCCCACAGCAGCGGCACGGGCUCCGGGGGCCACAAGCAGCCCGGUGGUGACGCGGCGGCCGGCGGCUACUACGCCCUGGGCGCCCCCGAGCCGCCGCCCAGCUCCUACAGCCCCUACUUCUCCCUCCCCCGCUCCUACAAGGCGCCCACGCCGCGGCAGGCGGAGGCGGGGGAGUACGGCGAGUACGUCCCCAUGAGCUCCCCGGCCAAGCCCGGCUUCUCCCCCACCCUCCCCGCCAGCGGCUCCGGCGCCUCCACCCCCGAGAGGCGCGGGGGCUCGGCCCCCACGCCCUCCCACCCCCCGCCCCCGUACAGCGCCGCGCACGCCAACCGGCCCAACCGCCUGCCCCUGGGCCGCCGCAGCUUCCACUGGCCGGCCCGGGCCGGCGAGGCCUCGGCCCCGACGGCCAGCGCGGGGACCUCCACCUCGGCCUCGGACCGGCCCCCCAGCCCCGGGGAGUACAUCAACAUCGAGUUCAGCGAGAGCUGCCCGCCCCCCCUCACCCCCGGCUCCUCCUUCCCGCUCUCUGCCCAGGAGGAGGUGCUCUCCCCCGGGUCGGGGGUCCACUGCUGCUCCCCCCACCAGGACUACAUGAGCGUGGAGGUGGGCGGCAAGAGCCAGUCCCCCAGACCCAGCCUGGUGGCUCCCUGGAACCCCCCCAGCUACAUCCGGCCGCUGGCCGCCCACACCGGGGGGCCGGCCUCCCCCGGCGGGCCCCCGCGGGCCGGAGGGCACUGGAAAGCGCUGGGGGACGACUACACGGACAUGACCUUUAACCUCGGCAGGGGGGGGGAGGGUCCGCGGGCCAGCCCCACCGCCGUCCUGCAGCACCUCUGCGUGAUGGAGGGCCACUACGGGCACCCCACCCCCGCCUCCUCCUCCUCCUCCUCCUCCCCCAACCCCCCCGGCAGCCCGGGCCGGACGGGGACGGAGCCCAAGGUGGUGCGCGCCGACCCCCAGGGGCGGCGGCGCCACAGCUCCGAGACCUUCACCUCGCCGUCCUCCUCCAGCGCCACGCCCACCGGGCCGCCCGCCGCCAGCCCCCUCCCCGACGCGUCCAACGGGGCGCACCAGGCCGACGGCCUCCCUCCCAGGUGGUCCGGCUCCGGGUCCUUCGACAGCGUGUGGAUGUCCGUGGAGGGGCUCGGGGAGUCUGCAGCGAGCCGUGCCCACGCCAGAGCCCCCGACCCGGGCGCCCCCUCGUCGUCGUCCUCCUCCUCGGGCCGGAUGUGUCGGAACAUGUCGUCAGGCUACCAGAACGGCCUCAACUACAUCGCCCUGGAGCUGAGGGAAGAGGCGGGCGCCGCGGCGACGACGGCCGGCGCCGCGGUGGACACUUCCGUUGCUGGGAGCAACGGGAGCCUGUCGCCGACGGAAACGACGCCCCCGCCGUUGGAGAAUGGAGGCUACGCCAGUAUAGAUUUCACCAAAUCCACCGAGGCCGUCGCGUCGGCAAAUAAGGACUGAGGAGUCGAGAGCCCACCCUGGUCUCCCAUCUCUGUGUUCGUGGUGGAGAUGCGAGGGACGGGGGUAUCAGAGACACUUGACCUUUUGACCUCCAACCUUGCAGCUCCCCCCCCCCUGCAGCCCCGAACUCAACAAGGUCGACAGCAACAGCUUGCGGGUUAACAUUUUUUUUUAUAUAUAUAUAUAUAUAUAUAUAUAUAUAUAUAUAUACCCUCAUCUGUAUUAUUCAUUUUAUUUUGUCUUUUUAUAUGCAUAUCGUUUUUGUUUUGUUUUUAAAUCCCACCUCCCCCAGUGCUGCUACCCCCUCCCCCCCACUCCCCUUUCAUCUAAAGGCCUGGUUUGCAAUUGACAUGGGCCAGGAUGCUUGUAGAAUAGGUACAGGUAGGUAGUUGUCAAAACCAACGACCCUCUUCUCAAUACGGUACCACGUAGAAGGGCUUGUCAUGGUUACAGCCCCGCGUCACUCUGAAUUGUUGUUAUUAUUGACUCAUUUUUGUGGUUUUUAAAUGGUACAGCUCCCCUCCCAAAGCUCCAAUGAAAUGGUCCAACUAGUUGCUGGAACUCUCCCUUUUCAAAGAUAGGGUACAGGGAAAGUCUUUCGGGUGUGGGAUCUACUCAUAAUUACGACUACUCUCGCUGUCGUACCUUGUCCACCGAAUAACCUCUUCAGAGCUUAGAUUUAACCAGGCCAGUAAGGACCUCCAUCAGAUCCCCGGGAAAAACACUAGUAGGUUUCGGUAACGCAGAAAAACAACAAUCGCACUUUCACUCCACAAUGUAAAACUAUCGAUGGCGGACGGAAUUUUCUGUCAUAGUAUUUUGUUGCUUUGUCGGCAUAGCCAUGUUAUUAUUUUUUUGAACCUGGUACAUUUCUGGUUUUGGUACAUGUGUGGGAACUGGUGGUUUCAGUUGACCUCUGCCUGGUUCUGUUGCGUAGGAGAGGAGGCUGGGCUUUCUCCAGGGAGGAGAACGGUCCUGUUGUUUGCGAUCGGUGUUUCAGAUCGUUCAGCUUAUCGGAGACUAUUGGCUGAAAAAGGUCUGAUUAAUCAAUUGUAUAAUAAUAAUAAUUGAAUCAUCCGUUAUACCUCAUAGUCCGUGACAUACUUCAGGUUUACCAUGGAGAGAGAGUACGCACACUUUUCAAACACUACUUUGUUCAUUUCAACAGCAUGUACUAAAGCGUGAGCCUAUAUGCAUUUCAGAUGCUCUUUCCACACACUAGACACACAGGGAAAAGUCUCCCCGAACACGUAGGGCUUACAAACGCGCAAAGGCAUGCACUUUUCAAACAUCCUGGUGUGUGCGUUUGUGUGCAUGCAAACUCUGAAAGACACUGUCACAUAUGAGACAUUAAGCGGUCCACGCGUCUGACGCACGCACACACGGGUAACCCCUCAGUGCGUCAGUUAUAGCCGUCAUUGUCAGCAGUUCUGGAUGAUGGCCGGAAUACUUGAGACGCAUGCACACUAACACGCGUGUGCACACACACUCUGUGACGUUACUGAAAUAUGAGUCGCAACUCCAGGUGCAGUGUUCGGAACACACACACACACACACACACACACACACACACACACACACACACACACACACACACACACACACACACACACACACACACACACACACACACACACACACAGAGAGGGAGAGAGAAAAGACCCACAAUAAUCCUGGCCUUCUCAGGCAUAUGUCGAAACCCCUACAUUUAGCGAUGGGCCUCGUGCCACUCUCCCAUGACGUGAUAUCACUUGGACAAACUGCUGCGAUUGGCUGAAAUAUUUAUUCUCAAUGUCAGUGUACGGAACCUAUUAAUUUCACCUCAGCUCAUGCUCUUGUGCGAUCCAGUAUUGGCUUAUUCAUAGCCCCCACUUUAAAUUGAACCGAACUAUGGCCAGUCAGGCACCUUAAUUAAAACUUAACCUUUAAAUCUAGGGCGGAGGGACCUUGGAUUCAAUACCAAUAAGUGCAAAUUCUGAUGUGGGUGGAGUUUAUAUAAGGUUAAAAAGUCCACUUACUGGAGUGACUUGGACAUGAGUCUCACGGUAGAUCUAAUAAUAUAAACAGACCUGCGAGUUCUCAAAGUUGCAGAAACAGUUACAAUGGUCGUCACGGUUUAUGGUACAUAUUGUUUAACUAGCGCUGUGUUUAAUUGUCAUUCUCGGGGUGCAGCGCGUCAACGGUACAGUCGCGGGGAUCGUGAUAUCUCGGUGGUCCGACUUAAAUAGUUGACAUUUGAUGAAAUUGUUUAAAGAAAAAGAUAGGAACUCUGUGACGUGUCUUACAUGUAUAAUUUGCAUAUUUUCCUUUUAUUUUUUGAUUUGUCCCCUUUUGAUGAACAAAUUACUGAAUAUAUGAAUCACCAAGGCUGUUGCCUGUGUAAAAAAACAACAACUUUCUUUUGGUUAUGUGUUGCUGGGUUUUCUAUGCUACAGAUGCGCAAUUAUUUUGUUUUAAUUCUCUGUAUUUACAAACAAACCCCCUUUUGUAAUCAUAUAAUUAUCAUUUUGCCAAUUUGCCAGAUCUGCCAUAGAGUUCUAGAAUCUAGAAUGUUCUAUGUCUUUGUGUUCUAGAACUUUGUGAAUUCAGACGACGCCAUACUGUCAAACUUGACACGCUUUGAUUUUGGCGAGGUCGCAAAGAUUAAUGAAAAGCGAAAAAAACUUGGUCGUCGUAGUUUUUCCCCCGCGCUGAAGAACUGCGGCUACAUUAUCACCACAGAGAACAUUAAAGGUACUGCGUCAAUAUGCAAACAAUUUAAGUUUUCCUUUUUUGGUGUUUUGUACUUGGUUUACAGAGAAAUGAAUCAUCUUAUUAUACUUUGGUUGUUGUGCUACAUUGUGUACAUACCUCGUUGCAACGGGGGUCAAGUGUGUAGUAGAUGACACCGGGAAAAGGAGAGAGGAACUCUUCCUCCGACUUACGUAGGCAUUUUGCAGUCAUUUGUAUAGAGAAAUGGUUUGACCGCUAAUAUUUUUUGUAACUAUAUCAGUUUUAGUUUUUUUGCUGCUGCAUAGAUCAGUCAACAAAUGGGAUGCGUAUGAUUGGAAGCAUAUCGACGAGGAUGGUUAUGUUGAUUAUUUAUGCCGAUAUCGAUCGAAGGGAGAUCGGCCCUGGUGUCAGUUCAAGGAUGGUCCUUGAUUCCAGAACCCCGAGAGAAUUUUCGGAAUGAACAAUUCUGGAAUUCAGAAUUUCGCUCACCCAGCUGCGUUCUAUUUGCCGGAGUAGAAGGCUGUUGAUAAUUAGCUUAAUUAUUAAUUAGCUUUUACUUUUUUUUUCUUUUUUUAAAGUUGAGGUGUGUACCCAGUGUGCGAAAUAUCCAGUUUGAAUCAACGGUUGUGCUCGGCUCGUGCAUGCACCCCCAGAUCUCCUAAACUCCUCAAAAAAAUGGACAAGAUCCAGACAGCGCGAUCUCAUUGCUGUCUACGGGCAUGCCCCUAGUUAGUAUUAUUUUGCUUUUUACAAUCCAAUACAAUCCUUUUUCUUUUUUACAUGUCUGCAACAAACGACUGAAUCUUUAGGUAAUUAUCUCGAAAAUGAAGAAGCUCAACAGCGACGCUCAACAGCGACGCUCCGCAGCGCUGGUUAUACCGACUUUGUGUUCUGUGAUGGUGGCUUAAUUUAUAAUGCCACUAGGAGGCACCGCAGACAGUAAUGAAAACUGAUCUUUGUUAAGACGCGCUGAAGAAGACUGAGAAGACGGUGUUUGCUGAUGCUUAUUAUUCGCGGUCAACAUCGUGUUCUUAACUCUUUCAAGCGAUGUUUAUUUGAACACCACAAAUCAUUGUCACCAAUUGAUCUUCUUCUGCCCGUCUGACGUUAUUCUCCAGAGGCCCCCCCAAAAUGUUGCAGUUGAGGCUUUCAGGGGGUCACAAGUGUCAAUCAGUGAGUCCCUUGUAUUUCGCACACUGUGUAUCCCUUUGUGCAUUUGAACACAUUUCCCAGGUGCGAUACACGACACAGAAUUAAAGGAGUUAAAAAUACGAUAAGAACGUGCGUUGAGAUUAAAUCCUCUUUUCUGUAAAUAAAGAAGUGCAACCUGUCGCAUAUUUUAUUUUGUGUUGGGCCCCCCUCCCUCCCGCCUCCCCCCUGGCCCUGUAGGGGCCCCGCCCACACCUCUACGUUUUUUUCUUUCUACUCUUUCACCUGUUUGUUAUUUUUUUCUUUCUCUCUUGCGGAGGGAAAACUGAGAUUGUUUGAGCAUAGUGUUUAUAUUUAUCAAAACUUUUUUGCUUUCGAUAGAGCUAUUGCAAUAAAAAUGUGUUCAUGUA